UCAGUGAAAUUGAUAGAAUUCAAGCCAAGAACUGUGGCCUCAAUAAAGACGAUGCUGCCUGGUGAACACCAACAAGUUCUGAGUAAUCUGCAGUCUCGUUUUGAAGACUUUCUGGAAGAUAGCCAGGAAUCCCAAAUAUUUUCGGGCUCCGAUAUAACACAACUGGAAAAGGAGGUUAAUGUGUGCAAGCAGUACUAUCAAGAACUUCUGAAGUCUGCAGAAAGAGAGGAGCAGGAGGAGUCGGUCUAUAAUCUCUGCAUCUCUGAAGUUCGAAACAUUAGGCUUCGGUUAGAGAACUGUGAAGAUCGGCUGAUCAGACAGAUCCGAACUCCCCUGGAGAGAGACGAUUUGCACGAAAGUGCGUUCAGAAUCACAGAGCAGGAGAAACUAAAGAAAGAGCUGGAGCGACUUAAAGAUGACUUGGGAGCCAUCACAAAUAAGUGUGAAGAGUUCUUCAGUCAGGCAGCUGCCUCCCCGUCUGUUCCCACCCUGCGGUCUGAGCUCAGCGUGGUCCUUCAGAGCAUGAGUCACGCCUACUCCAUGUCUUCUACCUACAUAGAGAAGUUGAAAACAGUUAAUUUGAUAUUAAAAAAUACUCAAGCUGCAGAAGCACUUGUAAAGCUUUAUGAAACCAAACUGUGUGAAGAAGAAGCGGUCAUCGCUGAUAAGAAUAACAUUGAGAAUCUGAUGAGUACUUUAAAGCAAUGGCGAUCUGAAGUAGAUGAAAAGAGAGAGGUAUUCCACGCACUGGAGGAUGAGCUGCAGAAAGCCAAAACCAUCAGCGAUGAGAUGUUUAAGACAUACAAGGAGCGGGACCUUGAUUUCGACUGGUACAAAGAAAAGGCAGACCAGUUAGUGGAAAGGUGGCACAACCUCCAUGUGCAAAUCGACAGCAGGUUGCGGGACCUGGAGGGCAUUGGGAAAUCACUGAAGUGUUACAGAGACGCCUAUCAGCCUCUAGAUGAUUGGAUCCAGCAGGUUGAAAGCACUCAGAGGAAGAUUCAGGAACAUCAGCCUGAAAACAGUAAAAUGCUUGCUACGCAGUUGAAUCAACAGAAGAUGCUGGUGUCUGAAAUAGAAAUGAAGCAGAGCAAAAUGGAUGAGUGUCAAAAAUAUGCAGAACAUUACUCAGCUACAGUAAAGGACUACGAAUUACAAACAAUGACCUACCGGGCCAUGGUGGAUUCACAACAAAAAUCUCCUGUUAAACGCAGAAGAAUGCAGAGCUCGGCAGAUCUCAUUAUUCAAGAGUUCAUGGACCUCCGGACACGGUACACUGCUCUGGUCACAUUGAUGACACAGUAUAUUAAAUUUGCUGGCGAUUCACUGAAAAGGCUGGAAGAGGAGGAGAUGAAAAGGUGUAAGGAGUCCUCCGAACAGGGGGCCUAUUGCAGUCUGCUUCAGCGCCAGAAGGCAACCAUGAUUGAGAACAGCAAACUUACAGGGAAGAUAAGUGAACUGGAAGGCAUGGUGGCGGAACUAAAGAAACAGAAGUCUCGGGUGGAGGAAGAACUUCCCAAGGUCAAGGAGGCUGCCGAGAAUGAACUGAGAAAGCAGCAGAGAAGCGCGGAAGACAUCGCCCUGCAGAAGCUGAGGGCCGAGAGCGAGGCGAAGCAGUACCGCCGGGAGCUGGAGGCCAUCGGGAGAGAGAAGGAGGCCGCCGAGCGGGAGCUGGACAGGUUGAGGCAGCUCACCUCGGAGGCCGAGGCCAGGCGAGCGGCCGUGGAGGGGAACCUCCUGAGCUUCCGCAGGCAGCUGGAGGAGAACACCUGCACCAGAAGGACUCUGGAAGAUCAUCUGAAGAGGAAAGAGUCGAGUCUCAGCGACCUGGAGCAACAGAAAAACAAGUUAAUGGAAGAAUUAAGAAGAAAGAGGGACAAUGAGGAGGAACUGCUGAGGCUGGUGAAGCAGAUGGAGAAAGACCUUGUGUUUCAAAAACAGGAGGCAGAGAAACAGCUGAAGGAAAAGCAGAGAGUUGAACUGGAAGCCAGAAGAAAAAUCACCGAAAUUCAGUAUUCUUGCAGAGAGAACGCACCGCCACCUGGCACGAUCGCACAGGCCCCGUCAUGCACCACGUCGGGCCUGCAGAGAGAGCGCGACAGGCAGAAAGAGGAGCUCAAGCAGCAGGUGGACAAACUCACUGUGGCCAACAGAAAGGCCGAGAACGACAUGCGACAGCUGAAGUGCGAGCUGCACGCCCUCCAGCUGGAAAAGACCUCGUCCGAGGAAAAGGCCCACCUGCUGAAAGAGAAACUGGACGAAACAAACAGUGCCUUGAGGCGCCUGGCGCUGGAGCUGGAAAGGAAGGACCAGGUGGAGGAAGGCUACGCCCAGCAGCUCCGGGAACUCAGUAGGCAGCUGAACCAGACCACUGGGAAAGCAGAGGAGGUCAUGCAGGAGGCCAACGACCUCAAGAAGGUCAAGCACGCUUACCAGCUAGAAUUAGAGUCUCUCCAUCACGAAAAGGGGAAGCUGCAAAGGGAAGUGGACAGGAUGACCAGAGCCCACGCCAUAGCCGAGAGGGACAUUCAGCGUUUAAACUCCCAAGUUCGCUCUUCCCAGGAUGAGAACGAAUUCUCCAGUGAAAGAGGACGACUCUGCCAGGUGAAAUCAGAUCGUCUCAAAGAGCAGUUCGAGAAAAGCCACGAGCGGUUGCUUCAAAAUAUUAAAGCGGAGAAAGAAAAUAACGAUAAAAUCCAAAAGCUCCAAGAAGAAUUGGGGAAAAGCAGUGAGUGCGCAGAGAUGCUGAAGCAAAAGGUCGAUGCGCUCACGAGGCAGAACACCGAGACCAGAUUAAUGAUGCAGAGAAUUCAGGCAGAAUCCCAGAACGUCGUUUUAGAGAAGCAAGCCAUCCAGCGAAGAUGCGAGGCGCUGAAAAUGCAGGCAGAUGGUUUUAAGGAUCAGUUACGCAACACGAACGAACACCUGCACAAACAGACAAGAACCGAGCAGGACUUCCAUAGAAAAAUUAAAAGCCUCGAGGAAGAUCUGGCCAAAAGUCAACAUUUAGUCAGCGAAUUCAAGCAGAAGUGUGACCGGCAAAACGAGAUAAUCCAGAACACGGAGAAAGAGGUCCGAAGUCUGAAUGCUGAGCUGAACGCUUCCAAAGAGGAGAACCGACGCGGGGAGCAAAAGGCCCAGCUCCAGCAAGCCCAGGUGCAGGAGUUAAGUGACAGGCUGAAGCAGGUACAAGAUGAGCUGCACUUGAAGACCAUAGAAGAGCAGGUGACCCACAGAAAGAUGGUUCUGUUUCAGGAAGAGUCUGACGAAUUCAAGCGCUCAGCAGAGGAGUUUCGGAAAAAGAUGGAGAAGUUAAUGGAGUCCAAGGUCAUCACUGAAAAUGAUAUUUCAGGCAUUAAGCUUGACUUUGUGUCUCUUCAGCAAGAAAACCUCAGAGCUCAAGAGAACGCUAGGCUUUGUGAGACAAACAUUAAGGAAGUAGAGAGACAGCUUCAACGAUACCGAGAGCAAGUGCAGCACGGGCAGCAUGUGGAAGCAAACCACUACCAGAAAUGCCGGAAGCUUGAGGAUGAGCUGAUGGCCCAGAAACGGGACGUUGAAAACCUGAAGCAGAAAAUGGAUCAACAGAUAAAGGAGCACGAACAUCAACUAGUUUUGCUGCAGUGUGAAAUCCAAAAGAAGAGCACAGCCAAAGAUUGCACCUUUAUACCAGAUUUUGAGACGAUAGUGAAGGAGUGUCAGCACCCUGGAGAGCUCCCUUCGAGGAACACCGGGUACCUUCCCCCCACAACCAGGUCUCUGUUGAGGUGGACUCAGGAGCCACAACAGGUGGAGGAGAAAUGGCAGAUACCAAAAGAAGGCCAAAUCCAACCUUCUGGGGCUCCCCUUGAGAACGAGAAAAGUCAGCGGUGUUACUCUGAGUAUUUUUCCCAAAUCAGCACUGAAUUACAGAUAACUUUUGAUGAGACCAGUCCUAUUACAAGGCUGUCAGACAUAGAAAAGAUAAGAGACCAAGCCCUGCAUGGCUCCAGGCCACCUAUCAGGUAUCAAGAUGACAAGCAUGAAAUGGAAUUGGUGAAGCUUUUGACACCCUUAGAGAUAGCUAAGAACAAGCAGUAUGACAUGCAUACAGAAGUCACAACAUUAAGACAAGAAAAGAGCCCCGUUGGCAGUGGUGACGAAUGGAUGUUGGAAGGGUGCAGAGCAUCUGGUGGACUCAAGAGGGGAGAUUGCCUUACGAAAGGCUUAGAAACAGAGACUUUGCAGAACUCUGGCAGCGAUCAUGCGUGCUCUGUGAGGGAUGAUGAGUUUAAAUUCCAAGGGCUCAGGCACACGGUAACAGCUCGGCAGUUGGUGGAAGCUAAGCUUCUGGACAUGAAGACUGUUGAGCAGCUGCGAUGUGGUCUGAAGACUGUAGAAGAAGUUCAGAAAACUCUCGGCAAGUUCUUGACCAAGGCCUCAUCCAUUGCAGGGCUUUAUCUAGAAUCCACAAAAGAGAAGAUUUCAUUUGCUUCAGCAGCCAAGAAAAUCAUAAUAGACAAAAUGAUGGCUGUAGCCUUUUUAGAAGCUCAGGCUGCAACAGGUUUUAUAAUCGAUCCCAUUUCAGGUCAGACAUACUCUGUGGAAGACGCCGUUCUUAAAGGGAUCGUUGACCCUGAAUUCAGAGUUAGGCUCCUUGAGGCAGAGAAGGCAGCCCUGGGCUAUCCGUGUGCCUCUAAGACCCUGUCAGUGUUUCAAGCCAUGGAAAAUAGAAUGUUGGACAGGCAGAAAGGUAAACACAUCUUGGAGGCCCAGAUUGCCAGUGGGGGCGUCAUCGAUCCUGUGAGAGGCAUUCGUGUUCCCCCAGAGAUCGCUGUGCAGCAGGGAUUGCUAAAUAACGCUAUCUUACAAUUUUUGCACGAGCCAUCCAGCAACACCAGAGUCUUCCCCAAUCCCAAUAACAAGCAGGCUCUGUAUUAUGCAGAAUUACUGCGAAUGUGUGUCUUCGAUGUAGAUUGCCAGUGCUUUCUGUUGCCAGUGGGGGAAAGGGACAUUUCCAAUCUCAAUGUAGAGAAAACUCAUAAGAUUUCCGUGGUAGACAUUAAAACAGGAGCAGAACUGACUGCCUACGAAGCUUUCCAGAGAAAUCUAAUUGAGAAAAGUGUUUAUCUUGAACUCUCAGGACAGCAGUAUCAGUGGAAGGAAGCCACAUUUUUUGAAUCCUACGGGCGUCCUUCUUACAUGCUGACAGAUACUAAAACUGGCUUACUUUUCAAUAUUGAUGAGGCCAUAGAGCAGGGCACAAUUGAUAAGGCCUUGGUCACAAAGUAUCAGGAAGGCCUCGUCUCCCUGACAGAGCUUGCUGACUCGCUGCUGAGCCGGUUAGCUCCCAAGAAGGAUUUGCACAGUCCCAUUGCUGGCUCUUGGCUGACCGCUAGUGGGGAAAGGAUCUCCUUGUUAAAGGCUUCCCGUAGAAACCUGGUUGACCGGAUUACUGCCCUUAGAUGCCUUGAAGCCCAAGUCAGUACGGGGGGGAUCAUUGAUCCCCUCACUGGGAAGAAGUACAGGGUGGCCGAGGCUUUGCACAGAGGCCUGGUUGAUGAGGGCUUUGCCCAGCAGCUGCGGCAGUGUGAAUUAGUCAUCUCAGGAAUCAGCCAUCCCGGCACGAGCAAAACCAUGUCGGUGGCGGAAGCUGUGAGUGCGAACAUCAUUAGCAAGGAGAUGGGAAUGCGGUGUCUGGAAUUUCAGCACUUGACAGGGGGCUUGAUAGAGCCACAGGCUCACUCCCGCCUGUCCAUAGAAGAGGCUCUCCAAGUAGGUAUCAUAGAUGUCCUCAUAGCUACCAGACUCAAAGACCAAAAGUCCUAUGUCAGAAAUAUAAUAUGUCCCCAGACCAAAAGAAAGUUGACUUACAAGGAGGCCUUAGAAAAAGCUGAUUUUGAUUUCCACACGGGACUUAAACUGUUAGAGGUGUCUGAGCCCUUGAUGACAGGAAUUUCUAGCCUUUACUAUUCUUCCUAAAGGGACAUGCUACCUAGCUUCAUGCAGGGGACAGUGCUGGCUGGCUUGUGGCUUCUGCUUAGAGCCGAUGGUGUUGACUAAACAUGUAGACCAGGAAUCGUGUCACCAGCUCCAAGCCCUGAAAAUAACAAAAGAUUUACAAUGGUUCCAUUUAGCUUUGAGAGUGGGUUUUUGAACCUUACCCACAUGAAAACAAGCAUGCUACCUAGAAUAUGGGAUAAGCCUGAACUUCCACCACGUUCACAGCAUCAUGUCCUCUCAUGGGAUAGAUCCACCCCCAUUUAGUAAAUGACACUUUGUGCUCCUGAAAGCGCUCUUCACGAAGCACCGUGGAAUCAAAGAGAAAGAAGUGGAUCUGUUCCCACACCCACAAGGCUUCAGCGUUGGAGACUGCUUCGGAAACAAAAAGUUUUGAGUUUUCCUGUGUGUGGUAACCGUCUUUGCAGUUUAAGAUGUUUACCAUAAUCUCUCAUUUUUUAGCUGAGACUUUGGAAUUAAAAGCUAAUGUUCUGAUUGUACUGUGUGUUGGGGGGGUACUUCCUCAUUCUGUGCAUUUUUCAUCUGUGUGCAGAUACUCUGUUCUUUUCAGCUUUCCAUUGUCUCCCGCUUCUCUGUCAGGUCAGGUCAAGCAGCAUCAUAAGCUAAUGCAAAGGCAACUCUUCAAACACCUUUUGUGCCUCACGAAUAAAGGUGUAGCAUUUCCUUGUCAAAUCAAUGGGACAGCUGGGAGGUUAAGCCAGUGAUUAAAGAACUUUUGUCACAGCUUUCUUUGCUACCGUACACAUAUGGAAGUUCCCCUGUCACAUGGCAGGGUGAACGUGGUUAAGCAAGUGAAUAAAAUAUCUCAGUAACCUUGGGUUCUUGUUUUCAGUGGGGAUGUUAGUUCAGUAGCUCAGUCAUUUACUGGAAUGUAUCUUUUUUUUAA